CCUCACUCGAGCCGGUGGCGUUCCGGAAGCCCCGCCCAUUCCCAGCGUUCAGUGCGCUGCCCUAGCCGCCAUUGUUUGAAUUUGAAAACGAAAACAUCGUGGUGCUGCAUGAGGGUUCGGCUGGUCCUGUGAUGUUUGCAGAAUGGAGUCUAAUUUGAAUCAAGAUGGAAUGCCCAGACCAUCUUAUGUUUUUAGUGCUGACCCAAUUGCAAGGCCUUCGGAAAUAAAUUUUGAUGGCAUUAAGCUUGAUCUCUCUCACGAGUUUUCCUUAGUUGCUUCAAAGACUGAGGUAAACAGUUUGGAAUCUAAAGAUUAUCUCCAAGUUUGUCUUCGAAUAAGACCAUUCACACAGUCUGAGAAAGAACAUGAGUCAGAGGGCUGUGUGCAUAUUCUGGAUUCACAGACUGUUCUGUUGAAAGAUCCUCAAAGCAUCCUUGGUCGCUUAAGUGAAAAAAGCUCUGGGCAGUUGGCACAGAAAUUCAGUUUUUCCAAGGUUUUUGGCCCAGAAACUACGCAGAAGGAAUUCUUUCAGGGUUGCGUUAUGCAGCCAGUAAAAGACCUCUUGAAAGGACAAAGUCGGUUAAUUUUCACUUAUGGGCUAACCAAUUCUGGAAAAACAUACACAUUUCGAGGCACCGAAGAAAACAUUGGCAUUCUUCCUCGAACUUUGAAUGUAUUAUUUGCUAACCUUCAGGAAAAAUUAUACACAAAGAUGAACCUUAAGCCACAUAGAUCUAGAGAAUAUUUACGGUUAUCACCAGACCAAGAGAAAGAAGAAGUUAUGACCAAAAGUGCAUUGCUCCGGCAAAUUAAAGAGGUUGUUAUGCAUAAUGACAGUUGUGAUACUCUUUAUGGAAGUUUCACCAACUCUUUGAAUAUUCCAGAGCUUGAAGAAUCCCUGAAAGAUUGUGAACAGUCUAGCUUGAAUAUGGAUAAUAAUAUAAAAUUUUCUGUAUGGGUUUCUUUCUUUGAGAUUUACAACGAAUGUAUUUAUGACUUGUUUGUUCCUGUAUCAUCUAAGUUCCAAAAGAGAAAGAUGUUGCGCCUUUCCCAAGAUGUAAAGGGCUAUUCCUUUAUAAAAGAUCUACAGUGGAUUCAAGUAUCUGAUUCCAAAGAAGCAUACAGACUUUUAAAACUAGGAAUAAAGCACCAGAGUGUUGCCUUCACAAAACUGAAUAAUGCUUCUAGUAGAAGUCACAGCAUAUUCACUAUUCGAAUAUUACACAUUGAAGAUUCUGAAAUGUCUCGAGUAAUUGGAGUCAGUGAAUUGUCUUUAUGCGAUCUUGCUGGUUCAGAACGCAGCGUGAAGACACAGAAUGAAGGUGAAAGAUUAAGGGAGACCGGGAACAUCAAUACUUCCUUAUUGACUCUGGGAAAGUGUAUUAAUGUUUUGAAGAACAGUGAAAAAUCGAAGUUUCAACAACAUGUGCCUUUCCGGGAAAGUAAACUGACCCACUAUUUUCAAAGUUUUUUUAACGGUAAAGGGAAAAUAUGUAUGAUUGUCAACAUCAGCCAGUGUUGUUUUGCCUAUGAUGAAACACUCAAUGUGUUGAAGUUCUCAGCCAUUGCACAAAAAGUUUAUGUUCCUGAUACUUUAAAUUCCUCUCAAGAGAAAUUUUGUGGAACUGCCAAAUCUUCUCAAGAAAUAUCACUGGACAGUAAUUCAGAUAAUAAAAUAUUAAAUGUAAAAAGAGCCACCAUUUCAUGGGAAAAUAAUCUAGAAGAUCUGAUAGAAGAUGAAGAUUUAGUUCAGGAUCUAGAAGAAGCUGAAGAAAACCAAAAUACAGAAACUGAAUUUAUUGAUGAAGAUAUGGAUAAAACUGAGGAAGCUAAGACUUUAUUUAACCACAAGGAGAACAGAAAACUAUUGGAUUUAAUAGAAGACCUGAAAAAAAAACUGAUAAAUGAAAAAAAAGAAAAGUUAACAUUGGAAUUUAAAAUUCGAGAAGAAGUUACACAGGAGUUUACUCAGUAUUGGGCUCAAAGGGAAGCUGACUUUAAGGAAACACUCCUUCAGGAACGAGAGAUAUUAGAAGAAAAUGCUGAAUGCCGUUUGGCUAUUUUCAAAGAUUUGGUUGGUAAAUGUGACAUUCAAGAAGAGCCAACCAGUGGAGUUUGUGCUAUGAAAGUUGAAACCGAGGAAGCACAUAAUUAUGUAGGAUUUGAAGAUCUUAUUGACUCUCUUCAAGAUGAUGUCGCUGAUAUUAAAAAACAGGCUGAAAUUGCUCACUUAUACAUUGCAUCUCUUGCUGAUCCCCAGGAAGCUAUUGCUUGUUUACAACUAAAAUUAAGUCAAAUUAAAGCUGAAUUAGAUAAAACUAAAGAAGAAUUAAUCAAAACCAAAGAAGAGUUAAAAAAGAGAGAUAACGAAUCAGAUUCAUUUGUUCAAGGACUCAAGAAAUCUAGUAAGGUUGAUACAUCUUUAAUAAACAAUAAAUUGACUUCUGAUGAAACAGUUGAAGUGCCUAAGGAUGGCAAAACUAAAACCUAUUCAGAAAGAAAAAGAUUAAGUGAUUAUGAACUUCAACAAGAUGAACCACCAGCAAAGAAAGGACUUACACCGACUAGUUCAGCUAUCACUGAACAAAAGAAAAGUGAAAUGCAACACAGCAGUCCAGAAAACAGGAAAGACAUUACAGUUUUACAAGAUAAUGAAAGGCUGAAAACACUUUUACUUGUUGAAGAUGAACUUAAAAACGAAAAGGAAGAAAAAACAGAAUUAAAUAAACAGAUUGUUAAUUUGCAGCAAGAACUUUCUUUAUCUGAAAAAAAGAGUUUAAUGUUAAGCAUAGAGGUUCAAAAAAUUCAGUCAGAUUAUGACAGUGCAAUUGCUGAAUUACAUGUACUUAGAGGUAUAAAUCAAGAACAGGAGGAAAAGAUCAUGAAGUUAUCAAAGGAGAUAGAAACUGCUACAAGAAACAUCACAAAUAAUGUUUCAAAAAUAAAAUUAAUGCAGACAAAAAUAGAUGAACUGCGUUCAUUUGACUCAGUUUCUCAGAUCUCAAACAUAGAUUUACUCCAUCUUAAGGAUCUGUCAAAUGAUUCUCAGGAAGAGAACCUGGCAAAUACCCAGGUAUACCAAUUAGAUAGUGAUUAUUUGAAAAGUAAUCACGUUAAGGACUAUUGUGUUCAAGAAUUCAGUAGAGAUAAUUCUUUCCACACUAGUAUUGAAGCUAUUUGGGAAGAAUGUAAGGAGAUUGUAAGGGCCUCCUCCAAAAAGAGUCAUCAGAUCCAGGAACUAGAAAAGCAAAUUGAAAAAUUAAAAACAGAAGUAGAAAGCUAUAAAGAUGAAAGCCAUAGACUAGAAAUAAAAGAAUGUGAUAUUAAACAUCAAGGUGACCUACUGAAAGAAAAAGAAAGUAUUAUACAACAGCUGAAGGAAGAAUUACAAGAAAAAAAUGAUCAUCUUGCUGAUCAAGAACAGCGUGUAGUUGAAGGAAAGAGAGCACUGUCAGAACUUACACAAGACAUUACUCGCUAUCAGGAAAAAAUAAAAGAACUUGAAACAGUCUUAGAGACCCAGAAAGAUGAGUGUAAGCAUUCAGCCAAAUUAGAACAAGACAUUUUGGAAAAGGAAUCUAUCAUUUUAAAGUUAGAAGGAAAUCUAAAGGAAUUUCAAGCAGAUCUUCAGGAUUCUCUCAAAAACACCAAAGAUUUAAGUGAAAAGGAAGUCAAGUUGAAAGAAGAAAUCGUACAAUUAACAAAUAAUUUGCAAGAUAUGACACAUUCACUUCACUUAAUGGAAGAAGAAAAAGAAGCCAAUAGGCAAGAAACAAAAAAAUUGAAAGAAGAGCUCUGUGCAAGCUCUGCUCUUACCCAGAGUCUCAAAGCAGACCUUCAGAGAAAGGAAGAAGACUAUGCUGAGCUCAAAGAGAAACUGACUGAUGCUAAAAAGCAGAUUGAGCAAGUACAGAAAGAAGUAUCUGUAAUGCGUGAUGAGGAGAAAUUACUGAGGGUUAAAAUUAAUGAACUGGAGAAAAAGAAAAAUCAGUGUUCUCAGGAAAUAGAUAUGAAACAGCGAACCAUUCAACAACUCAAGGAGCAGCUAAGUAAUCAGAAAGUGGACGAAGUGAUACAACAGUAUGAGAGAGUAUGCAAAGAUCUGAAUGUGAAAGAAAAAAUAAUUGAAGGUAUGCGAUUGACACUAGAAGAACAAGAACAAACUCAGGUAGAACAAGAUCAAGUGCUGGAGGCUAAAUUGGAGGAAGCUGACUGGCUGGCCACAGAAUUGAAGAGAUGGAAAGAAAAAUGCAAAGAAAUGGAAACCAAAUGUAAUCAAAGUUCAAAUAAAGACCUUGAAGAUUCAGAUGUGCUUCAUAAAAAGCUCAGUAAGCUUCAAGAUGAAUUACAGGAAACUGAACAAAAGUAUAAAGCUGAUAGAAAUAAAUGGUUAGAAGAAAAAACUCUGCUUAUCAGUCAAGCAAAAGAAGCCGAGAGCCUAAGAAACAAAGAGAUGAAAAAAUAUGCUGAAGACCGGGAGCGUUGCUUAAAGCAACAAAAUGAAGUGGAGAUACUGACAGCACAGCUGGAAGAGAAAAAUAAUGACCUUCAAAAGUGGCGAGAAGAACGGGAUCAACUGGUUGCCGCUUUAGAAAUACAACUGAAAACACUGAUCUCCAGCAACAAACAGAAAGAUUAUGAAAUUGAGCAAUUAAAAGAGAUCACGUCAGAGGUUUCUAAAACAAUAAAAACAGAAGUCAUGGAUAUCAAGCCCACACAAAAUAGUUCAGUAGAUGCUAGCAAAGUUGAAACUGAACCUCAAUCAGCAAAUUUUGAAAUUUCUGGGACUGCAGUAGAGGAUGGAUCUGUAGUUCUUGACUCUUGUGAAGUGUCAACAGAAAAUGAUCAAAGCACUCGAUUCCCAAAACCUGAGUUAGAGAUUCAUUUUACACCUUUGCGACCAAACCAAAUGGCGGUGAAACACUCUGGUUGUACUACACCAGUGACAGUUAAGAUUUCCAAGGCCCGGAAGAGGAAGAGUAAUGAAAUGGAGGAGAGUAGUAUAUUUUCAAGCUGUUGGAAGAGCAGAAAUAGUAUUAUCCAUACUCCUGAAGCUCUCUGUCAGGCUUUGGUAAAAUGUGAAAACAAGAAGAAUGCUACCCCCAGAAGUAAUUUGGAAUUCCCUGUUUCAGAGCAUAGAAAUUCUUCUAUCAAAAAAGAACAAAAGGUUUGCACACGUCAAUCAUCUAAGAAAACAUAUUCUUUACGGAGUCAGGCAUCCACAAUAAGUAUAAACUUGGCCACUAAGAAAAAAGAAGGGACACUGCAGAAAUUUGGAGACUUCUUACAACAUUCUCCAACAAUUCUUCAAUCAAAAGCAAAGAAGAUAAUUGAAACAAUGAGCUCUUCAAAGCUCUCAAGUGUAGAAGCAAGUAAAGAAAAUGUGUCUCGACCCAAACGAGCCAAACGGAAAUUAUACACAAAUGAAAUUUCAUCUCCUCUUGAUAUAUCUGGCCAAGUGAUUUUAAUGGACCAGAAAGUGAAGGAAAGUGAUCAUCAGAUUCUGAAGCGAAGACUUCGAGCAAAAACAGCCAAAUAAAUCACUUAUGGGGAAUGUUUUAAUAUAUAACUUUAAUAUUCAUAAUCAUUGUAACUUGCAUCCUGACUUUUUAAAGAUAACUGUAUAUUAUGAUUUAUUAAAUACCUCUGUAUAGAGAUUGCUGUUUUAUAUAUAGUGUAAUUUUAACUCAAUAAAGAAAGUAAGUUAACAGUCA